CGUGCUGCUGCUAGAAACCUUUUUGACACAUGCGAUGUGUAGCCACUACCGCCGCCACCGAUUUUAAAUUAAAAGCCAUUACGCUUUCCUACACCACACGGCUCACUCUCUCUCACUCACUCACUCACUCACUCACACACAGCAGGUUCAGCUCAGAGCUCCAGGCACACCCACAGCUCACCGGAGCAGGGGAGAGAGCAGAGCAGAGCGCGGUCGUGACCACUGAUCAGCCAUGAGCAAGGAGGGCAAGCACCACCGCCACGAGCACCACCUGCGGCGCUGCUGCGGGUGCAUGGCGUCGUGCCUCCUGGCGCUGGUCCUCAUCGUGGCCUUCGUCGCGCUCGUCGUCUACCUCGCGCUCCGCCCCUCCAAGCCGUCCUUCUACCUGCAGGACCUGCAGCUCCGCCGCCCCAUCACCGUGGGCGACCCGUCCCUCUCGGCGUCGGCGCAGGUGACGCUGGCCUCCCGCAACCCCAACGACCACGUCGGCGUCCUCUACCGCCGCCUCGACGUCUUCGUCACCUACCGCGACGAGCCCGUCACGGUCCCCGUCUCGCUGCCGCCGCAGUACCAGGGCCACCGCGACGUCACCGUCUGGUCGCCGGUCCUGUCGGCCCAGUCCGUGCCCGUCGCCGGGUACGUCGCCGACGCCAUGAAGCAGGACGUCGCCGCCGGGUUCGUCGCGCUGCAGGUCAAGGUCGACGGCCGCAUCAAGUGGAAGGUCGGAAGCUGGGUGUCCGGGAGCUACCACCUCUUCGUCAGCUGCCCCGCCGUGCUCUCCGCGGGCUUCCCCGGCUUCGGCGGCGGCGCCAAUGCCACGCUGUCGGCGCUCAAGUUCGCGCAGCCCACGGGAUGCAGCGUCGAGGUGUAGGCCGGUUGGCCGGUGAAUGUAGUAGCGCGCGGGUACUCUGGCAAAGCGGUAAUUAGUUUUCUUCGGGAUACAUCGUUAAUUAUUACGCUGUUAAUUUUGUUCAUGUAAUCAUGUCUCAUUUUCAGAUCUUGUGGGAGAAUAAAUUUAUGUAAUAUACACGUGGAGCCGUUCCAGAACUUGAACUCAAAUUGUACACUGAGAGAGUCAUUAUGAUUUGUUUCUGUAA